AUGAGUCGAAAAAGGAAGGAACGCAAUCAUGGAGAUGAUGAUCUAGAAACUGAAAUACAAGAUUUUUAUGAUUGGUUUCCAUCUAUAUCAAAUGAUUACAAGGUCGUUACAAAGAUUGGUGAAGGCACAUUCUCAACCGUGUACAAGGCAAAAGAUAUUCGAACAACCCAUUACAACAAUGAAGACUGGAUCCACUUGGCUACAUUCGCUGAAGACGAUGAUCACGAAGAACAUGACGAUUUUAAUCAAGUCAUUGGUAGUGAUGCCUCGUCUCAUCAACAACAAACUCCAAAACCAUACGUGGCAAUCAAGAGGAUAUAUCAUACAAGUAGUCCUGAACGCAUGUUGAAUGAGAUUAGUAUAUUACGUGAUUUAAGAGGGAGCGAUCAUGUUGUUCCAUUGAUCACUGCAAAGAGAUAUGAAGAUCAAGUGGUCGCUGUUCUGCCAUUCUUUGAACAUGAGGACUUCAGGGACUACUUUCACAUGAUGAGUCUGGACGAAAUCAAAAUUUACUGUCGAGAACUCUUUGAAGCUUUGAAACACGUACAUUCCAAAAACAUUAUUCAUCGAGAUGUGAAACCAAGCAACUUUUUAUACUCGAGACCAAGGAAACGUGGUGUCUUGGCGGAUUUCGGAUUAGCUCAAGUAAUUGCUUUGGACAUUCAACGAGAGGAAAAACCCGUACCACCAAAGAAACGACGAGUGGAUGCUCAGAUUGAAGCUCAAUUGAUUGCUGCUCGUGGAAAACCUGGAUAUUUGGUGAAUGAUACUCGACCUUCAGCAAAGGCUAAUCGCGCUGGUACACGAGGAUUCAGAGCACCUGAAGUCUUGUUCAAAGUUCAACAUCAGACUACAGCGAUUGAUAUCUGGUCGGUGGGUGUCAUCAUGUUGAGUCUCUUUACUGGACUCUUCCCAUUCUUUCAAUCGAACGAUGAUGGUGAAGCUUUGAUUGAAAUGGGAAACUUGUUUGGCAAGAAGGCAUUGAAGGAACUGGCUACCCGUUUUAAUCGCACGUUUGAUACAAACAUACCAGACAUUAGUUCCAGACAAGAUUUAAAGAAACUGUGUCAUAGUAUCCGAUAUCUGAAUGCUAAAAAGAUAUCGGAUGAAGGUUAUGACUUGCUGGAACAAUGCUUUACACUAGAUCCCAUUGCGCGUAUCACUGCAGAACAAGCUUUAUCACAUCCGUUUCUACAGCUUGAUGACGAUGAUGGUGAUAAUGCUGAAGAAGAAGUGGACAAGUGA